CACCCUGUAAUUUUGAAUAUUUCAAGUGAACUAAUGGAAGAGGACCGAACUAUGAUACACACUGUAACUGUUUCAAACCAACUAGGAUCAACAAAUUAUACCUUUGGUGUUCCAACAAUAGAAGAUUCUGGUCUAAGUGGAGGAGCUAUUGCUGGAAUCGUUAUUGGCUGUUUAGCCGGGGUCGUUCUCAUAGGAGCAGGAGGGGCAAUGGUUGUCAAGAAUCAAAAAGCCAAGAAGAGCAAGAAAAUCAAACAGCAGGAGAAGAAGAGAAGGAAGGAAGAGAACAGAGCUAGAAAUGACAACCCUGUUUUUGAUGAUAUCAACCUGGAAUCGAACCGAGAUUAAAGAACACAUAAUCAAGAUUUAUUUCAGAGUAUUGGAACUCAGAAUUUAUAAUCUUGAUUUUGCAAAAUUUAAAUCUUUAAAAUUUAACCAUGCUGUAAUGAAAUUAUGUUGUAGUUUUUUAAAUAUUGGAAUUUAUAACAGAAUAAAUUAUCUAAAGUAGAAUAAAAAA